UUUCUUUACCGAUCAGUUGCAAUCUUAUAACUAAACAAGAAAUUCUCUAAUUUGCGUACAGUUAAUCAAUGUCGAAAGGAGGUAGCGAAAUGGAUACUGGGAGAAGGGUGUCUGGUUGGGCUGCAAGAGACUCAGCAGGAGUUCUAUCUCCAUAUUCAUUUACUCUAAGGAAUACAGGUCCAGAGGAUGUUUUUCUGAAGGUUCUCUACUGUGGAAUAGAUCACUCUGAUCUUCAUCAGAUAAGGGAUGAGAUACACAUGGCCAAUUACCCUUUGGUUCCAGGGCAUGAGGUAGUAGGAGAAGUGGUGGAGUUGGGAUCUCAAGUAGAGAAAUUCAAGGUGGGAGACUUGGUAGGAGUUGGAUGUAUGGUUGGGUCUUGUGGGGAUUGCGUUUGCUGCAAUUCCAAUGCGGAGCAAUACUGCAAUAACAUGAUCUUCACUUACAAUGGUAUCUACCACGAUGGAACGCAAACCCAGGGAGGGUUCGCCUCUGCAAUGGUUGUUCAUCAAAAAUUCAUCGUGAGGAUACCUGAGAAGCUUGCAGCGGAACAAGCAGCACCAUUACUAUGUGCAGGAGUGACUGCUUACAGUCCAUUAAAACAGUUCAUUGGAUCUAAUAAGAGUCAAAUCAAAGCGGGGAUUUUGGGUUUAGGUGGAGUUGGUCAUAUGGGUGUCCUGAUAGCCAAGGCCAUGGGACAUCAUGUAACAGUGAUCAGCUCUUCUGACAAGAAGAAAGAUGAAGCUUUUAAAGUUCUAGGUGCUGACGCGUUUGUAGUAAGUUCCAACGCAACCGAGAUGGAAAGAGCCGCUGGCAGUCUGGACUACAUUCUCGACACAAUCCCGGCCGUGCACCCUCUGGAAGCUUACCUCUCACUAUUAAAGUUUGAUGGGAAGCUCUUGUUAGUUGGGGUGUCUGCAGAACCUCUUCAAUUCAAUUCUUCAAACUUGAUUCUAGGAAAGAAAUGGAUUGGAGGAAGUUUUAUAGGAAGCAUGGAGGAGACACAGGAAGUAUUGGAUUUUUGGGUAGAAAAAGGAUUGAAAUCCAUGAUAGAGAUUGUGAAAAUGGAUUAUGUGAACAAGGCAUUUGAGAGAAUGGAACGGAAUGAUGUCAGAUAUAGGUUUGUGCUGGAUGUUUCUGGCAGUGAGCUUGUGUAGUGCUCGUAGGUGUAAGGAGGGGCGUGAGAGUUGUAAACAGUUUGUUUAUAUCCUCUUUGGAGGGGGAUUGCUACUAUGUUAGUUUUCUGCAAAGGGGUUGUGAGGUUACCUCUCGUGUGUGCACUAUUUCAUUUCAGUUCUUUAGGGGUUAUGUAUGUGUGUUUUGCAAAUAGAUUAUCCAAGUAAAUCAAUAUCA